ACUUGUCUGGUGGUAUUCUCUCUUACAAUUCUCUCAACUUCUCCUUCUCUUACCAUACUUUCUUGGUCUUCUCCUGUUUCAGCUCUUCAAAAAAUGGCUGAACAAAUCCCAUUCAAUAUUAUAGCUGACGUUUUAACCAAGUUAGGCUCCUCGGCUAUUCAACAAAUUGGAUCUGCGUUUGGUGUGGCAAAAGAGUUAACGAAGCUUACGGAGAAACUGGACGCUAUCAGAGGUGUACUUCUUGAUGCUGAGGAGAAGCAGGAGAAAAGCCAUGCAGUAAAAACUUGGGUGAGGAGGCUCAAAGAUGUCGUGUAUGAUGCUGAUGACUUGUUGGAUGACUUUGCAACCCAUCAGCUGCAGCGUGGAGGAGUAGCAAGGCAGCUGUACCUAUGUAAAGUCAAAGAGGUGGUACUACGGGAGAUGAUGUUGGCUACUGCUUCUUCAUUGGAGUCUGUGUCUGUUGAAAGCAUAGAUGAUUUGAGGUCUCUGCCAGACGAGCUUCGUCAACAUGUUUCCACUCUCCAAACUCUCAAAAUUUGGGACUGCUCUCGUUUGGCAACAAUACCACGCUGGAGGCAACCUUACCUCACUUACAGAGCUUGGAAUCGGAUACUGCCCUGAAUUGACAUCAUUGCCCCAAGAGAUGCGCUCCCUCACCAACCUACAUUCACUCUCAAUUGACUACUCUUAUGGUUUGGCAUCAUCACCAAACUGGAUAGGUGGCCUCACCUCACUGACUGAUCUUGAAAUUUGUUCUUGCUCUCAAUUGACAUCAUUGCCAAAAGAACUGCGUUCUCUUGAAAUCCUCAAGAGUCUCACAAUUCACGACUGGUCUGGUUAUAGGCAGCCUCACCUCGUUAACUGAUCUUGAAAUUGGUCCUUGCCCUGAAUUGACAAUCACUGCCAGAAGAAUUGUGCUCUUUUAGAAUCCUCAAGAGUCUCACAAUUCACGACUGGCCUGGUUUGACAACGUUACCAGAUUGGAUAGGCAACCUCUCCUCACUUGAAGAGCUUCGAAUUUGUAAAUGCCCUAAAUUGACAUCACUGCCGGAAGAGAGGCGUUACACAGUCGAAAUCAUUUGUUAACAAUUCGGGAAAUGAGUGGCCCAAGAUUACUCGUGUCUCAGAAAUUAGUUCAGAAACGAACUGAUGCAGAAAGCCAUUUCAGAUUUUUCUUUCCUAAAGAAGCUUAUGAUUGACCUAAAGCCCAAAGAAGACCGGUCUUGAAUUGGCCUAAAAUUUUACAUGGCCCGGAAAGCUAUAUCUCUUAGAUGACAC